UGGUUGAGCAGGUGAUCUCCCUGGCACUCAGAUCCUUUCACAAAAGGAAAGGUGCUGCUAGGAACAAGUUUAGAGGAGCCACUGCCUGUGUCAGAAGGCACAUGGGACCAAUCAACUCGUGAGCUGCUGAGUGACACCAUGAGUCCUGCCUCUGAGACUUUUGUUAUUUUUUCCCCUCAACCUACUUCAAUUGUUUCCACAACUUGGUCACAGACUCGGACAAGUUGCCAGAGAUCUACAAGCACGUCCCACAGCCCGGAGCAAGCUCCUCUGCGCUUCACUAAGUCACACCUGGGACUUUAGGUGGGUGACAGAGCCAUGGAGGAUUAAUAAGCAAGAAAAAGGUACUGGUAAAUCAGAUUAUCUGCCCUGUCAGGACCAGCCAGCAGGACUAUCCAUAUCUCCUGACUGAAAGCUCCGCAAAGGCUGUCUAAAACAAAAAGAGAAGAUAUUAGGCACUUCGCACUGCUCCUGACCACUGCUCUUCUUUCCUGCACUCCUAAAACCUCUGAUUUGUCCCCUCUGCUUUCUUGUUGCCAUGGAGAAGGUUCAACACAUAACCCGCUCUGCUCUGAGGAGAGCCUCAACUAUUGAGGUCAACCCACAAGCACGACAAAGGCUCCAAGAGCUCUUUGUGAAUUUCUGCCUGAUUUUAAUUUGCCUCUUGCUGAUCUGUAUCAUUGUGAUGCUUAUCUGAAGUUCCAGCGCUUCUCUGCACUGUCCUCUAGGAAAGUCACCCCAGGGGGAAGAGAGACCUACACCUGCAACUCCCAGUGCAAGGAUCCUCAUGUGACAGGGGCUAGCACUUGGACUAGAGGGUGUGCCAACCGGUGCCCUGCUAUCUUACUGCCUGCUACAUGUAUUAAAGCCACGUUUUCUGUGCAGAACAGUGUUUAGAGCCUGUAGUUACAAAGCUGUGCAUGACUCAAUUUGUCAGUCUCAAUCAAGAGCGUGGGGUAAAGUAUGGGCAAAUCAGAUUAUCUGCUCCCAUCAGUAACAGCCAGCAGCUGGUAAAUUCAGUGUUUUAGUUAGAUAAACAGCACCACCACUUUUUGGGGGCCUAAGUGUUUUCAGGCUUCUCUAAAAAUUUUUAAGCGCUUGGAAGGGUUCCAAAUUUGGACCAUUCCUGCUCAAAGAGGAGCUUACAGGUACACGGCCCUCAACACAUCUUGGGAAAAUUUCUGCUCUGCUUAGUUCAAGGUGCUGCAUUUCCGCAUUAUCACCUGAAGGCAUUCAAAUUGUUUAAGUGUUUUUCAAAGGAAUAUGAAAAUAAACCAAAAAUCUCUUCUAAUCCAGAAAGAAAAACUAUUUCAUAUGUUUUUCUCCCUAUUUAAGGGAUCUUAUAUAUGUGACAUCUGGAAAGAUUUUUCAUUAUGUUUUGCAGAAAAAAAUUGACACUACUGUAACUGAUAUCAAAAAUUCUGUUUUCCACAGUCAUUUAACUGACAUGACAACUGGCACAACUUGGAUUCUCAGAGUUCUUAAUAUUUGCCUUUAGACAACUUAAUUAAGGCCUGUUCUAAUUUAUGUAAUAAUUUCCUUAGUUUAAAACGACAAAAACCUUGGAAUAUGCCAAUGUCACAUGAGGUGACUUAUAUCUAAUGUGGCAAAGAGAAAAGCCUAGAUCACUAUUACUGCUGUGACUGAAGUGCAUCCAUACAAAUACAAGUAACAUCUCCACCUUCCGCUGCAAAUUCCUGCUAGAGAACAUGCAAGUAGCUUCCUAAAAUAAAUGACAGAUAAAAAAGUAAGUUAUAAAGAAUGAUGCACAGGAGGGGAAACCACUGCAGAAACAUCUUUCCAACACGUAAACCAUAGGCUAUAUACAUAAAAGACGACACUUCUACUCCAGCAAUUGUGAGUAACAAGACUGAGGAGAAAACUUCCAACCCUAUUACAAGUAAAAUUCCUAGAAAUUUGAUACACUUUUCAAAUUUAAAGAAAGCUCAAGAAUCAACAGACCAAGGUCAGACAGACAUCCAUUUUUAAAAGAGAUAGCCUUCUAUUCCAUUCUAUGUAAACAUUCUUACUGACGAAUACAGAAAAUCAAAACAAGCUUAUCUUGUACUCUGCUUUUAAGACUUAGUAUUUCAUCAGUAGAAGUUGACAAUGAACAGCUGAGUAGGAAGGGAAGAAAUCUUUGAAAGAAUUCUGUAUUCAUUGAAAUGCAAGCAAAUCCAGUGGUGAUGAAUUUCCUAUCUGGUGAGUAGGUAUGUUGAGACCAGACUCCGAAAUAAGGUUAACAGCUAGGGGAAAUUAGGAUAGUUACUGCAUGACGAUUAGGGCAAGCACUGGUGAGACUGGCAACACAUCCCCACACUUGCAAGAUAGUAUAUGAGCAUUACUGAUUUGAACUGUCAGUGUAAAUCUCAAUUUCCAUUUCAUACAUUCUGACCACUCUCACAAACACAUGAGAUUUUAGCAAGCGUAUUUCCCCUUUUAAUCCUACUUCAUUUUCUUGUUUUCUCAAAUCUGUAUUUUUGUGAUGGAUAGAGUUUCUAGCUUCAGCUUGCUUUGGAUGUGUUUCAAGAGACUUCAACUGGAAAUAGACAACAGUUUUGAACAGUACUGAACAUUUGCUGAAGAAAAAAGUGUUAAGAGUAAAGCAUCAGCUUUUAUAUUCUGAGGACAUGUUUGGAUUAUAGGUUUCACAAGCCAAUAAUAAAAAGGAGUCAGAGUAAAGCAUUGCUAAAAAACAUAGCUCAAUAUAAACAAACCCUCCACCCUCCUCCUAUGUACCUGAAAACCCGUAACUUAUUUUAAAACAAUAACCAAACAAGAAUAAAGCCAAAUUAUCAAUAAACUGGAAGCCCUAUGCAAUUUUACAGCAAUGCAGAUAUAUUGCCUAUACUGUUCAUUUGUCUUAGGCUUCUGUUGAUCAGAAAAUCUGCUACUAUCCUCGAUAUCACCAAUUGUCAACUGAACCCAGAGAUUUAAAAAAAAUCCCCUUUUGUACAUAGUACAAUCUUCUUUGUAGACUUAUAUAAGCUUUAAAAAUAAUAUCUACUGUAUUUUUAUUUAAUAAAAGGACUGCUUGAAAAAUAUUAAUGCAUAAAAUAUAUCCAGUUCUGUUUAGAAAGAAGCAUCCAUUCUAUUACUUACUUAUUACAGUUAUGUGAAAAAAAUCUAGUCAUCACACAGCUUUCUAAUUCUCUACAUCUCUGUUUAUUCUGUUUUGGUUUUCAAGAGUAGUCUUCGCUGUUUUGCGAUCUCCAGGUCACUUACACGCACCUGAUUCCCACUCAGUAGGUAGAGCUUUUAAGUUUGUAAGUAUUCCCAAUGAAUUUUAUGCAAGUGUAAUCAAAAAGUUCACCACUUUUAUGACCCAUAAUAAAAAUUGCAAAUAUGUACAGCA